GAUACUGCUGGUCAAGAACGAUUUCGAACUCUCACUUCUUCAUAUUAUCGUGGUGUACAAGGUGUUAUUCUUGUUUACGAUGUAAGCAAGAGAGAAUCGUUUGACCAAUUGGAUAGCUGGUUCGGAGAAUUGAAUACGUAUUGUUCGAGUAAAGACGUGGUGAAAAUGAUAGUUGGAAACAAAGUUGACAAAGAACAUUCUCGAGUGAUCACUCGCAAAGAAGCUGAAACAUAUGCACGAAAAAUGCAAACCUUGUUUAUUGAAUGUAGUGCUAAAACUAGGGUUGGUGUUAAAGAAGCUUUCGACGAACUUGUUACAAAGAUCAUUGAAACGCCAAGCUUAUGGCAAAAAAAAGAAAAGCAACCUGAUAAUAUCAAUGUAUCUCGCUCAGCACAAACAAAGCAGGAAAAUUCUGCGUGUUGUUAG